AUGCAAAACCCUUUACCAUACGAUAAGGAAGAAACUUUAGAAGAGGCUACUUCUAUGAACAUGGAUAGGCUCACACAACUUCAAGAUGCAAUAGAUGAGUUGGCUAGAAUGUUUGCUAAUAGCGUAGAAUAUCUUAACCGAGCGCAGGUGCAUGUCGACCAGGAUCCAGGGAAAUUUAGAGAAAGUCAACGUGAACUUGUUCAAGAUAUUGUCAAAAAAUCAAAACAAAUAGAAUUAUUGAUAGAGAAAUUACCAGGGAUGCAAAAUUCUGAACAAGAGCAAAUAGAUAUGAUUAAAGAAUUAAAUAAAGAAAUGCACGAGGCCAAUCUAGAAUAUCUAAAGGCUUCUUUAAAAAAACAAAUCAUGGAAACUAUAGGAAUACUUUGUAGGGACCAAAGUACGGCGUAUAAUACAGAGGAAUGA